AUGAACGGCACCGACAUCAAAAAGGCCGCCAUCAACAAGGCAAAGGCCGUUGCACAGGCUGCCAAUGGCAACGGCGGCAAGAAGCGAAGAAAAGGAACAGACCUCAAGCCAAUAAUCACCACUGAGCAGCAAAAAGCACAGGACGCAAGCCCGGCAAGCUCGGCCAACAGCUUCCAGUACAGUGUCCAGAACACUACAUCGCCCUUAGCCCACCACAAGACGUACACCUCCCAGCUUAGCCGUUCGCCCUCGUCUAGCUCCUCGUCGGAAGCCGCCGAGGAAAACACUGCCGAUGAAGAAGACUCUGAAGAUUACUGCAAAGGCGGCUACCAUCCUGUGCAGGUUGGGGAGCAGUACAAUAACGGCAAGUACACGGUUGUGCGGAAACUCGGAUGGGGUCACUUUUCGACUGUAUGGUUAUCGCGGGACAAUACGACGGGAAAGCACGUGGCCUUGAAGGUCGUGCGUUCGGCCGCCCACUAUACCGAGACAGCUCUUGACGAGAUCAAGUUGUUGAACAGAGUCGUCGAGGCCAACAAGGACCAUCCCGGAAGGAAGCACGUCGUCAGUUUGCUGGAUUCGUUCAACCACAAGGGUCCCAACGGCGUCCACGUCUGUAUGGUGUUUGAGGUACUCGGGGAGAACCUCCUGGGACUUAUCAAGCGCUGGAACCACCGUGGCAUACCCAUGCCGCUUGUCAAGCAAAUCACGAAGCAAGUUCUCCUUGGUCUCGACUAUUUGCAUAGGGAAUGCGGCAUCAUCCAUACCGACCUCAAGCCCGAGAACGUCCUCAUAGAGAUCGGGGAUGUCGAGCAGAUUGUCAAGACAUAUGUCAACGACGAUUCCUCGAAAAAGAAAGACGACAAGGACGACAACAGAAGCGGUCGGCGGAGGAGACGGACUCUCAUUACUGGCAGCCAACCGCUGCCAAGCCCACUCAACGCCAACUUUAAUCAAUCGGAGCUGAACAGCUUCCCCGGCAGCACGGCGAGUCUGAACAAGAUCAUGAAUGAGAAUACAGGUAAUGAAGACCCCGUCUCCGGCUCCAGUCCUCCUCCCCUCGAAAAAGAAGAUGUCGUAAUGAGUGGCGCAAUAGGCUCGAGUGCGUCGCAGUCUUCGGGGCUAUCUAUGUUGGAGUCGCUGGGGGUCAAGAGCAGUGAUGAUGAUGAGGCGCAAAAGCAAAGGGAAAAGACAGCGGAUUUGUUGACUAAGGAUAUUUCCGGGAUUAGUCUCGACAAGUCGAGUAAACAAGCUCCCCCGGAAAAGGUCAAAGAAGAUGCGAGCUUCGAGACUAUCUCAGUCAAGAUUGCCGACCUGGGAAAUGCAUGUUGGGUUGGUCACCAUUUUACAAACGACAUCCAGACUAGACAGUACCGCUCGCCGGAAGUCAUUCUGGGAGCAAAGUGGGGCGCGAGUACCGAUGUUUGGAGCAUGUCUGCUAUGGUUUUCGAACUCAUAACUGGCGAUUAUCUGUUCGACCCACAAUCGGGCACAAAGUACGGCAAAGAUGACGACCACAUCGCACAGAUCAUCGAGCUACUCGGUACCUUUCCCAAAUCACUUUGCCAGUCAGGCAAAUGGAGCCAAGAAAUCUUCAAUCGCCGUGGUGAGUUGCGCAACAUCCACCGGCUGCGCCACUGGGCACUGCCCGACGUGCUACGAGAAAAGUACCACUUCUCGACCGAGGAUGCAAAGCGCAUCAGCGAUUUUCUUAUUCCCAUGCUGGACCUGAUCCCGGCAGAGAGAGCCAAUGCCGGUGGCAUGUCGAACCACGAGUUCUUGGAUGAUACCAAGGGUAUGGAGGACAUCAAGCUCGACAUCGCCCUGGGUAGCAAGGGAGAAGGCAUCGAAGGCUGGGCAAACGAGGUCAAAAAGCCGCGGUAG